GCCUACCUUAUUUCUUAGUUGUCAUUUAUUCCAAAGAAAGAAAAAAAGAAACCAGGAGAUCAAUCCCCUCUCCUUCACUUUCAUUCUCUCUCCUUACCCGACCUCUUACCUUCCCUUCACCGUCGUUCUCUCUCUCCUUUGUCGAUGCUGUCACUGCCUCACCGCCGGAGUCCACCGCCAAACCUACUUGUUGAUGUUGCUUAGUUGUUCAUUGUUUUGCGGUUGUGGUUGUAGCUCUGCUCUCAUCCUCUCUUGUCUUUGCUCUUCCUCUCUCGGCUGCUGUCCGUAUCUCCACCACCAACGGUGGUCGCGAGUCCACCAUCAAUAAUACUUCGUUUCUAAUUGGUAAUCUCUCUAACCCAUUCCAUUAAUCAAUUAAAUUGGGUAAAUUAAAAACCCCAAAUUGAGCAAACCCUAACUUAUUUUAAUUGGUCUCUUUCCUCUUGUUCGGCGCACCACCUCCUCCGUUGUUGGUGCCCUGCUUCAUCUCUCCUUUGCUCGACGAAGCUCGGUGGCUCGAGCCACCGGUGAUUUGAAGAUGAAUCACUGGAAGUCCACUAGGGAGAUAGAAUGGUGAAGUAUAACUUGAGUUUGUUGAUCGAGUGUAUAACUCUUGGAAAUUUUGUGCGGAGAUUGAAGAGUUAAAAUGUUUUGCAGGCAGCGAGAAUCAAGUCUCAGUUCAGGUUCAAGCUUGGAAGGGGGUUGCAGUACUUCAAACAUGACUACCCAGUGUAGACCAACUGCUUUGUCAGCUGUCAUGCAAAAAUUCAAUUCAAAUCAAAUUAAGGAAAUUCUGGAACUUCUUUGGCAAGAUUUAACUAACACGGCUGCUAUGGAUCAGCUUCUGGUUUGUUGGAAAGAGUGGAGUGAUGUUCACUACUCUGGCUUUGACAUCACCUGUGUUGAUCUGGUUUUUGUUCCUUUUUUUCGAGAACGCCAAUUUUUCCUAUUUGUGUUGAAUUUGAAAAUCAAAACAAUGCAACACGUGGACAAUCUUGUGUAUGAUGAAGCUCAAAUCAUUGACUUGGAAUUUUUUUCAACAACUCUGUGUGAUCUCCUGGGUAGUUUCCUUGAUGAGAGAGGCCAUAAUCAUGAAGAUGAUACUGGAACGUUCCCCAUGGAGGAGGUUGAGUUCGAUUGGAAGACUCUGAAAGGUUCUGACCUUGAUUGUGAAAUUUAUACGAUGAUAAGUAUGUUGACAUUUGAAGAAAUCAAAUGUAGUUGUCCUGAUUUGAAAGAGCCCCGUAAAAGGAUUGUUAUGCGUGCCGAAAUAUGUGCCACACUUUUGUUAUCAGACAUGAAUGACAAACGGGCAGAAGUUCUCAAUAAUGUUGCUGAUUUCAAUUCCAAACGAGCAAUAGUCAUUCCAGAUGUGUUAAGCAGGAGGAAGAAAAAAUUGGCAGACGAUAAGAAAGCUGAGAAGUUGAAGAAAGAAGCUGCUAAAAAGGAGAAGGAACUUGAAAAGAAAGCCAAGGAGAAAGAUCAAGCAGAGGAGAAUGCCAAUGAGAACAAGCAACCAGAGGACACUGUCAAAGAGAAACAUCAACUGGAGCUGAAUGACAAUGCGGCAGAGGGCAACAAACAACCGUUGAAGACUUUUGUUUCAAGAAAACAUCUGAAAAGGAAUGUACCAGAUGCAUCUGACCUUGUAGAACCACCAGAGAAGAAGAAAAUUCUUCACAAACGGACGGCAAAGAAACCUACAGCGUGAAAUUUUAAUAUUAGGUUAACUUUAAGUACAAUAAUCUUAACUUUUACAUUUUCACAAAAAAUAUUUCUCUAGAGUAUAAUGCCUUUUUUGUGUAUGUAUGGCAUAUAAUAUUGGUUUUUGGUGAUGUUCAGUAGAACUUAGAAAUAUGUAUUUAAAGUUGUUGAUUCUAUGCUUAAAGUUAAGAAUAUCAUAAUUAAAGUUAGCCCUGUUA